CUCUCACACACACACACACACACACGUCUCCUACACCUAUUCCCUCUAUAAAUAGAGGGGCAUGGCAUCACAAGCACCGUUCCGUGCCACAAGCAAAGUAAACAUCGAGAACCCAUCUGAACUGAACUGAACACCCACCACCAUGGCACAGUCCAUGAAGCUUCUGAUUCUCCUCCCUGCCCUUCUCCUCCUCCUCCUCGUUCCAGUACAAGUCGUUCAUGGCGGGUCGUCAGGGGCGAGGCCGCCGGCGGCGAGGUCCAAGAAGUGCGCGGCGUCGAGCGUGUCGGUGGAGCAGGCCAACACGGGGGAGAAGGCCGGGUACGACCCGGUGUUCGAGGUGGCCGUGCGCAACACCUGCGGCUGCGCCGUCCGCGGCGUGUACCUCCGCUCCGAGGGCUUCGCGAGCUCCGUCGCCGUCGACCCGCGCCUGUUCCGGCGCGAGGGCCGCGACUACCUCGUCGGCGACGGGCGCCGGAUCGAGCCCGCGUCCGCCGUGCGCUUCCGCUACGCCUGGGACCGCGCGUUCCGGAUGACGGCCGCAGCCGUGCACGACGACUGCUCCUGAGCGACGGCGCGCGAGCUGCCCCACCGAUCGAUCGAUCGAUCUCCGGCGAAAGCGAGCUGAUCGAGUUGGCUGCCAGUCCAAAGGGAUUGCUACCGGCGAGGCCGUCGGAUUCCGUCCUGCCAGAGCAGAGGAGCCUUCAGCGAGUGAAGUGCGGUAGCCAGAGUAGCACCUGUAACGAGAGCUUUCUUUUUUCUUGGUAUUUUGGAGAUACUCGUUGUUGUUGUCGUUGUCGUGGCAGUAUACUCACUUUAUUAUACACAUGUUUACAGUUUGUUGACUAGGAAAAAGAAAAAUUUUGUGCUCAUUAAGGUGUUCAUUAUUUUAUAAUUAUAAAAAGUCGACUAGUUUGGCGAAUCA